GAUACAUUGUAUUAAACCACAGUGUUAUAAUAUUCAUGGCAAAACAUUUAGGGGGGUUGUUUCUUAAUGUAUCUGAUCAUCAUCAUCAUCCACCUCCCUUUUUCUUCUCUCUCUCCUACCCAACUCAUAUAAAUCUUUGUUUUCUUUCCCUCAUUUUCAUCAUCACCAUUUUUUUCCCUAAUUAACUUCUUUUUUUUUAGGGUUCUUAAAUUUCUGUAAUGUGCUGUGUCUUUGCAGUUAAUCUUGAUCAACUCUUCUGGGUUUUGUUUUUUAUUGCUGGGUUUCUCUUCAAUUUGGAUAUUUUUCUUGAUUUUUCAAUUCAAUUUCACUCAUGCCGACUCUUGUCAAUCACUGUGGGAAAGAUGAAUUAUACAAUGAGAGUUCAUUCUGUGGUAACUCAAUGGUCAAUGUGGAUGUAUUUGGUUCUCCUUGCAAACGUGCACGCAUCAGUGCCCCAUUUGUACUCUGGGGUCAGGAAUUUGAGCAAGAGAAAAGAUCAUCCAUUGAUGUUCUUCCUGACGAAUGUCUCUUUGAGAUCUUCAGACGCAUGCCUGGCCAGGAGAGAAGCAUCUCUGCUUGUGUUUCCAAGCAUUGGCUUACUCUCUUGACCGGCAUCCGCAGGUCUGAUAUGUGUGAUAAUGACACUGUUAUGGUGUCUGAGGAUAGAGAAUUGGAUGGCUGUCUUACGAGGUCCGUGGAAGGGAAGAAAGCUACAGAUAUUAGACUUGCUGCUAUCGCUGUUGGAACUGCUGCUCGAGGUGGACUUGGGAAGCUUUCUAUUCGGGGAAGUAACGGUGUCACCAAUUCCGGUCUCUCAGCUAUAGCUCGCGGGUGUCCAUCUCUCAAAUCUCUCUCUUUGUGGAAUGUCUCCUCUAUUGGGGAUGAAGGCCUUUUUGAGAUAGCAAACGAAUGUCACAUGUUGGAAAAGCUUGACCUAUGCCAAUGUCCAUCUAUUACCAACAAGGGUUUAAUUGCUAUUGCUGAAAAUUGCCCGAAUUUGACUACUUUGUCAAUUGAAUCAUGCCCUAACAUAGGCAAUGACAGCAUGCAAGCAAUUGGUCAGGGCUGCCCUAAACUUGAAUCAAUCUCCAUCAAGGACUGCCCUUUGGUUGGGGAUCAAGGGGUUGCAAGUUUGUUAUCAUCACCCUCAUCAGUUUUGGGUAAAGUGAAGCUUCAGAAGCUAAACAUCUCAGAUUUCUCUCUUGCUGUGAUAGGCCACUAUGGGAAGUCCCUCACGAGCCUCACAUUGAGCAGCCUCAAGAACGUGAGCGAAAAAGGGUUUUGGGUGAUGGGUAAUGCUCAAGGUUUAAAGACUUUGGUAUCGUUGUCAAUUUCUUCGUGUCUUGGAGUGACAGAUUUGGGUCUUGAAGCUAUCGGUAAGGGCUGUUCUAACCUUAAACAUAUUUCCCUCCGCAAUUGCUGCUUCAUGUCAAACAUUGGUUUAUUGGAAUUCUCGAAAUCAUCGGAAUCUCUCGAGAGCAUGCAUUUGGAAGAUUGCAAUAGGAUUACUCUAUCUGGGGUGAUGGCCGCCCUCUCAAAUUGCAGCUUAAAGUUGAGAUCUCUUUCGCUUGUCAAAUGCAUGGGUCUUAAGGACAUGCCCUUCCAAGAAGCCAUCAUAUACCCUUGUAUGACCCUUCGAUGUCUUUCUGUCAAAAACUGCCCUGCUGUUGGUAGUGUUAGCUUGAGUAUCUUGGGUAAGAUGUGUCCCAACCUUAAGCAGGUAGACUUGAGUGGCCUCUAUGGAAUUACAGAUGAGGGUAUUCUCUCACUCCUCGAGACCUCUUUUGCGGGUAUUGUUAAGUUAAACCUUAGUGGAUGUAUAAACCUGUCCGAUGAAUCUGUUGUUGCUGUUGCUAGAUUCCAUGGCGAGACCAUCAAAACGCUGAAUCUCGAUGGAUGCAGGAAGAUUACUGAUACGAGCUUAUUUGCCAUUGCUAACAGCUGCUCAUUGCUUAAUGAUCUCGAUGUCUCCAACUCUGCAGUAACAGAUUCAGGUAUUGCUGCACUAUCAUGUUCCGAGCAACUAAACCUACAAAUCCUUUCCAUAUCAGGCUGUGUUAGAAUAUCAAACAAGAGCUUACCUUUCCUUAUCCAGUUAGGGAAAAGCCUGGUUGGUUUGAACCUUCAACACUGCAGUUCACUAAGCAGCAGCAGUGUCGAUAUGCUCGUGGGUAAUCUAUGGAGAUGUGAUAUUCUCUGCUGAAUAUCACCACCAUCUUCAGUUUUUUUUAGAUCACGAUAUAAGUAGUAGCUCGACAGUUGCAUCAGUUCAGGUUCGGUUGUUUUUCAGAGGUAUCAUUGGCAGAAACUACAUUGCCUUGUUCAUUUUUUACGGGCUGAAGAAGCCUGUUCGGAUUUUAUGUCUUCCUGUAGAUGGGAAGACACUCCUUUUUACACACCAUUGAUACCUUUCCAAGUGUUCGAGUGCCUGAUGAUGUUUUACGAGCUUCUUUGUCGUGGGUAAAGUUGACUUUUCGAGCAGCCCCGGACAGGAUGUUUCUGAGUCUUUUGUUCAUAUAUUUUGGAGUCUUCGGCUUCCCGGUAGUUUGUAGUUGCUUUAGGCAGAUUUAUGUGAUGAUAGGAAGAGUCUCCUCAUGGGCUUUGGCAAUGGCAUUUUGUCAUUGACAACCUUUUUCCUAGGUUGUUUUUUUGGUACAAGGUCCUAGUUUUGUAUGGCUCUUUCUAUUCACUUCUAAAUCUGUAUGUAUUUGGCAACUACUUUUAGAUUGUUACAAAAGAAAAAGAAAAACUCUGAAAAAUACAAAAAAAAUCAAAAAAAAAAAAAAAAAAAGGUUGGAGCUUUCCGCUUCAUUUUUGCCUCUUGUUCCCUAUCUAA